AUGGCCGCGAAGGUGGCGCUGCUCUUGUGGGCCCAGACCCUUGGCCUUGCUGGCACCCAAACCCUCCAGAUUCUUGUGGAACCCCCCUGGACACCGGCAGUGCUGUGGGACCAGGUGACACUGACCUGCCGGGGCUCAGGGACCACCGGUGGCACUACCUGGUACAAGGACGGGCAGCGCUGGCUACAGGAGGGACCCAACCACUUACUUGUCACCGAGAGUGGCACCUACGAGUGUGACAGAUGUGGCACUGGGCGCAGUCCCCCCGUGACCAUCUCAGACGCCCGGUUGGUGCUUCAGGUGCCAGCACAGGUGCUGCUGGAGGGGGACAUGGUGAUACUGCGCUGCCGCCGCUGGCGGGACAAGUCGGUCACCGGAGUGCGAUUCUAUGAUGGGGACGAGGAGGUGGGGAGGUCCCCCAGUGGGACCGAGCUGUCCCUGUCCCCUCUGCAGCUGAACCACAGUGGCCGCUAUAGCUGCGGGGGCUGGGUGGACUCUGAGCUGUCAUCGUGGGCACAAUCAGCACAGGUGACAGUGACAGUGCACGAGCUGUUCCCCGUGCCGGUGCUGGAGGGGCCCCCUGAGCCCACCGAGGGGUCCCCCCUGAAUCUCAGCUGCCUCAGCACUCCCAGCCACCUGCGGCCCCAAGCCCCCCUCCUGCACGUGUUCUACCGGGAUGGGCAGGUGGUGGGGGGCCCGCAGUGGUCCCCACAGUGGCUGGUACCUGCUGUGGGGGUCUCCCCCUCGGGAAAUUACAGCUGCCAGGUGCACUCUGAGGCGGGGACAGUGCAGAAGAGCAGCGCCCGGCUCCGUGUCACGGUGCGCAGUCCCACCAUCCCUGUCUGGGUCCCCAAAACCUUCCCUGUGGUUCCUGUCAACCCUCUCCAUGUGGACAGAUCGCUGUCCUUCUCCUGGCACCGGGAGGGCUCGGGGGCACCACUGGGCAUUGGCCCCCACCUGGAGCUGCGCCAUGUUGGGGACGAGGACAGCGGUCGCUAUCAUUGCCAGGCCAGGGAUGGGAACAAUGUGGCAGAGAGCCCUGCGUUGAACGUCACUGUCCUAGUGCCUGUGGCAAAUGCCACCAUCACCCCCGGUCCCCUGUCACACCAGGUGCAUGCAGGUGACCCCGUGACCCUGAGCUGCUCCGUGCAGGUGGGCUCAACCCCUGUCACCUUCACCUGGCUGCACAACGGGCAGGAGGUGGCCCGGGGUCCCCUUCUGGAGCUUGGAACUGUUGAUGUGAGACAUUCAGGCACCUACCAAUGCAUGGCCACCAACCAGCUGGAUGGGAACCGUGUGUUCCGUGCACCCAGCCCAGAGCUGGCACUGGAAGUGACACUGCAUGGUCACAGGAACACAGCAGUGGCCGCGGGGGUCAGUGGGUCCCUCCUGUUCCUGCUCCUGCUCCUGGCUGUCAUUGGGGGCUGCCACCGCCUGGCUGCCAGGAAGCCCCAGGAGAGGGUCCCCCCAGCCACUUUGGAGGAGAGGGAGGUGCUGGACAUCAAAGAUGUGAUCACCAAGAGGACAAGGAGGCCCCCCCACAUCUCCCUACUCCAGCACCCCCUGGUGACCUACCCCAGACUUCUGCGACCCCAUGAGCAACCACGGGACAACAGUGACAUCUAUGAGAAUGUGCCACGACACUGA